AUGGCAGGCACAGGAAGAACUCUAGCCAGAUCUCUGCACCGCAUUACUGAAAAAUGCAUGCACAGAGGAGCAUUGUACCCACCUUCCAAGCUGCGAUCUUUGUGUACGGCGGUGGAGGAGAGCACCGAGUUCGAACUCAGGACCUACUGGGCCUCAGUGAGCGCUUCUGUAAACAUGGCGGUGGACGGCGUGUUACCAGUGGGAUACCCAGAAAAGAUCCACGAAGCCAUGCGUUACUCGCUUCUGUCGGCGCCGCCAAAGAUGCCAUGCCCGCUGCUCUGCACCGCCGCCUGCCACGUCAUCGGCGGCACCAGGAAGCAGUCCCUGCCGGCAGCGACGGCGGUGGCGAUGCUGCACGCUGCCACGCUGGCACAUGACGAGCUCCCCUGCAUGGACAGCGUGGCACCCCACGGAGGCCAUGUCCCCAACUACACCGUCUUUGGUGAGGACGUGGCAAUUCUAGCUGGGGAUGCUUUGUUUGGCUUGGCAUUUCAGCACUUGGUGGAGUCUAAGGUGGGACUCGUGGAGGCCACGUUGAGGGCACUUGCUGAGUUGGCGAGGGGCAUGGGGUCCACAGGCCUGGUGGCAGGGCAGCAUAUGGGGUCGGUGGCGGCUAGAAGUGGCACCGCCGUCGAUCCGACACUUCUUGAGUAUAUUCAUUUUCACAAGGCGGCACUAAUGGCGGAGAUUUCGGUGGUUGUUGGGGGUAUCGUUGGAGGUGGGUCAAAUGGUGAUGUCGAGAGGCUUAGGGGCUAUGGGAGGUCUGUGGGGCUUAUGUACCAAAUUGUGGAGGACAUGCUCCAUAUGAAUGGGGCAUCUCAAGGACCGGAUAGGGUCACUUACCCUAAAGUUCAUGGGAUGGAGAGGUCUAGGUUUAUCGUGGAUGAGCUCAAUGUUAAAGCAAAGGAUUUUCUCUCACCUUUUGCCCACACUUUGGCAGCGCCUCUCUUGAGUUUUGCUGACUAUGCUGCUACAAGGUCUUAUUAG